GGCACGUAUGCGCGCUCCCACGUCCUAUCCGGUGAACCCGCUUUCAGUGGACGCGCCUCCUCCCUGCCCAUCUGCCGGGAUCCCCCUCUCCUCCUCACACAGCAGGGCCAACACGGCAGCAGUAUCCGGGAAGGGAGACGUGCACUCGGAGAGGACGCCGCUGCUCAACCUCCCCGGUCAUGGAGACAGGCGGCCGGUGGCCAAACACCUGAGCAGGAGCGGCUGUCAGAAAAAAGACGCAGCUGAGGCCGGGAACAGAGCGGGGCCUCUGCGUUACAUGGAGGGAGAGCACCGGAGCGGCGGAGCGCACGUCCAUCACUGAAGUCUCAGCUCUCCAUAUAACGCCAUGCAUCUGCACCAGGUGCUCACCGGAGCCGUCAACCCAGGGGACAACUGCUACUCGGUGGGCAGUGUCAAUGACGUCCCCUUCACGGCCUAUGGAUCCGGCUGUGAUAUUGUUAUACUAGCACAUGACUUUGAGUGCGUCCAGAUCAUUCCUGGUGCUAAACAUGGAAAUAUCCAAGUCAGCUGUGUGGAGAGUUCACAACAGCAAGGCCGGAUUGCUGCUUCUUAUGGAAACACUGUUUGCAUUUUUGAACCUAUUGCUACAAUGAACUCAUACAAAAGAAACAGUCAACUUAAAUAUCAAUGGAUUAGGAUGGGACAGUUUUUCCUCAGUUCAGUGACCUACAAUUUGUCUUGGGAUCCUCACGGUAACAGACUGCUGACAGCCACUGAUUACCUACAAUUAUGGGCACCACCUUCCAGUGAUAUUCUAGAAGAGGAUGAGGAUGAUCUUGACAGCGACGUCAUAGAGGAUAAAGUUCAACCUGCCCUGAAUGACUGGAACUGUAUCUGGCAAUGCAAAACUGCAGUGCCUGUGCUUUUAAUGAAAUGGUCCCCAGAUGGUGAAUACUUUGCAACUGCAGGGAAGGACGACUGUCUUCUCAAGGUCUGGUACCCUUUGACUGGAUGGAAGUCAUCUUUUUUACCUCAUGAAGUUCAAGAGAAAAAGGGAAGCUCUGUUGAUGUCAACUUCUCAUUUGUGUAUCUAGCCCACCCUCGAGCAGUGAACGGUUUUUCAUGGAGGAACACAAGCAGAUUUAUGCCAAGGGGAUCUGUGUGCAAUGUGCUACUUACAUCCUGUCAGGAUGGCAUUUGUCGCCUCUGGGCUGAGACCCUUCUGCCAGAGGAUAGUCUUCUUGGAGGGCAGAUAGUUGAUUAUAGCAGCUCCAGCAGCAGUUUGUCAAGUGCAGGGAAGCAGAAGGACAAGAUUGAACAUGCUCUUGAGACAAUUCAUCACUUGAAACACUUGAGAAGGGGCAGAAGACGGUCUUCUGUUCUGGCUGCUCACAUGGAAUUGCUACCAAGUCAGCCAAGCCAGCAGGAAGCCCACAGGCACAUCUCGCAUCACGCUAAUUCUUUGUGUCAUUUUCACAUAGCAGCAAGCAUAAAUCCAAACACUGAUAUUCCUUCUGUCUUGGCUGGAGCGGCUUUUAAUCUGGAGGAAGGUUAUGGAGGUUUUGUUGUCCAUUGGCUUAACAACAAAGAAUUGCACUUUACAUCUUCCAUUGAAAUAUUUAUACAGCAUUUAAAAACCAUUGUGGAACAGCAGUCAGAGACUGUUGAAGAUGAAGAGGAUGAAGAUGGGUUAUUAAUGAAACUAGAUAAUGGUGAGCCGGAGGGUGAAAGGUCUUUGACCGGAUCUCCUGAGCAUGAAGAAGCAGAAAAAGAUACGAGUACGAAAGCCUCUUCACCUGGUGCUACUCUUCCUCUACCAACAGUGUUAUUAGACCGGAAAAUUGAAUCUCUCCUCACAGAGUGGAACAAAAAUGCAGACAUGCUCUUCACUAUUCACCCUGUGGAUGGUACUUUUUUAUUGUGGCAUGUUAACUAUUUGGAUGAAUAUAAUCCUGGAAUCUUCAGACAAGUUCAGGUUUCCUUCUCUACUCGAAUCCCUGUUGCUUUUCCAUCAGGAGAUGCCAGCUCACUUAGUAAAAACAUAAUGAUGUAUGCUUGUACCACCUCUGCCAAGGAAAAGAUGAUGGCAAGUGAUGUCCCUGCAAAUACUCUGAAUGCGCUUCCAAGUGGAGCCAGUAUGGCGUCAGCUGUCAUGAUGGUUUCCAAGCAUAUUGAUGGGUCCUUGAAUCAAUGGGCUGUGACCUUUGCAAACAAGUCUGCCUUUUCCUCAGUGCUUACAGUGUCACACAAAUUUCGGUAUUGUGGCCACAGAUUCCACUUGAAUGAUUUGGCGUGUCAUUCUGUACUUCCUUUGCUAUUGACUUCUUCUCACCAUAAUGUGCUGGUGACUCCAGACUCUGAUGGCAAUCCAUGGGAGAUAGAACAUGGUGGUAAAGUUGUGGAUCCUGUUAAGAACUUAAAAGGAUUUCCCAACCAACAUUUUAGAAAUGCAGCUACUCAAACCUUUCACGACCCAAAUGCAAUUUACAGUGAACUUAUACUAUGGCGAGUUGAUCCAAUUGGACCCUUAUCAUACAGCGGGGGAGUCUCUGAACUAGCUCGCAUUAACUCUCUUCGUACUUCUGCCUUUUGUAAUGUGGCUUGGCUUCCAACACUUAUACCUAGUUACUGUUUAGGCACAUAUUGUAACUCAGCCAGCGCCUGCUUUGUAGCCUCUGAUGGGAGUGACUUGAGGCUGUACCAAGCAGUGGUUGACGCAAGGAAGUUACUUGAUGAACUAUCAGACCCUGAAUCCUCUAAACUAAUUGGUGAAGUGUUUAACAUUGUCAGCCAGCAGUCUACAGCCCGGCCUGGCUGCAUCAUUGAGCUUGAUGCAAUAACUAAUAAGUGUGGAUCACGAACUCAGCUGCUUCAUGUGUUCCAAGAAGACUUUAUUUUGGGUUACAAGCCAAACAAAGAAGUAAAAGUAAAAGAAGAGGUUUUCUUUCAGCCAUCCCAAGGUUACCGACCACCUCCCUUUUCUGAAAAAUUUUUCCUAGUUGUGAUAGAAAAAGAUGGCAAAAACCGUUCUGUUCUAAAUAUGUGGCAUCUUCAUUUGAAGUCUGUGCAAGCAUGUGUUGCAAAGCCUGCAGACCAAACUCCUUCAGAAAACUUUCUCACAAUUCCUGGGCAAAUCACUGUUGAGUCUUCUCCGGAUACAUUUCCGAGCACAAGCCCCUUGACUCGCUCUGCAUCAAUUGCUAAUCUUCAGACAGCCAGUAAAUUGAUUCUGAGCUCUAAGCUAGUAUAUAGCCAUCCACUGGAUAUCCCCGGUGGUGUAGAAGUAAUAAGAGCAACACCUUCAGCAGGCCAUCUUAGUUCCUCAUCAAUUUACCCAGUGUGCCUUGCACCAUACCUAGUGGUUACUACAUGCUCAGACUCCAAAGUGCGAUUCUGGAGAUGCAGUGUGCAGCCACUUCAAGAGUUUGAUGGAGGUGAAGAACAGUAUAGCUAUUGCUGGAAGGAAUGGUCUUUAAUGAAUGAAGGACUUGAUGAGAGUAGCAGUUCAGUGACUGUAACAGGAAAACCGGUUGCAGUAAGUUGUUCUUACACUGGAAGACUUGCUGUGGCGUAUAAGCAGCCCAUUCAACACAAUGGAUAUGUCUCCAAAGAAUUUUCUAUGCACGUAUGUCUCUUUGAAUGUGAAUCCACUGGCGGCUCAGAAUGGGUUUUAGAACAAACUAUACAUCUUGAUGACUUAAUAAGAGUUGGCACCAUGCUUGAUGCACAUGUGAGCGUAGAUAGUAAUUUAUUUGUAUAUUCUAAAUCUGAUGUGUUUCUAAAUAGAGAAAAGCAUCUCAUGCCGAACAUUAAACAUUUGGUACACUUGGACUGGGUAUCAAAAGAAGAUGGCUCGCAUGUACUUACUGUUGGAGUUGGAUCCAAUAUUUUCAUGUAUGGACGAUUGUCAGGCAUUGUUACUGAUCAGACCAAUAGCAAGGAUGGGAUUGCUGUCAUCACUUUACCACUAGGUGGUAGUAUAAAACAGGGCAUAAAAUCUAAAUGGGUUCUUCUCAGAUCCAUUGAUCUGGUCUCUUCAGUGGAUGGUACACCUUCACUACCAGUAUCUCUGUCUUGGGUGAGAGAUGGCAUAUUAGUAGUUGGGAUGGACUGUGAAAUGCAUGUUUACGCUCAGUGGAAACACAAUGUGAAGUUAGGUGAUGCUGACAACUCUGCCUUUGAAACUAAUACAGGACAGUCAGAGCAAACUCAUGUUAUAUCAAAGAAAACCAGUGUAAUUGAUGGAGCUGCUAUUGUCGAUGAUGUCUUUGGCAGCCCAACUGUUAUUCAGGAUGGAGGUCUUUUUGAAGCUGCCCAUGUACUUUCUCCAACUCUUCCUCAGUAUCACCCAACUCAGCUGCUUGAACUUAUGGACUUGGGAAAAAUUAGACGUGCAAAAGCCAUCCUUUCACAUUUAGUUAAGUGCAUUGCUGGGGAGGUUGCCAUUGUAAAGGAUUUAGACACUGGGGAUGAAGCUGCUCCAAAACGUCACCUCUCACGGACUAUCAGUGUAAGUGGCAGCACUGCCAAGGACAUGAUUAUCACUGGAAAGGAUGGGACUCGAGAAUACACAGAGAUUGACUCAAUUCCUCCUCUACCACUGUAUGCACUGCUAUCUGCUGAUCAAGAUGUAGCUUAUACUGCUCAAGAAGAGUCAACGAAAAUAUCCCAAACCCACAAACUUAGUUUUGAUAGUAAAACAGAUGACCAGUAUUCUGAUUUAUUUCAGGUACAGAAUGUGACAACCGAUGAUUUUAUAGGCUUUGAAAUUGAAAGAAGAGAAAUCAGAUCCAAAGUUAUCAACCUGUCCCAGUAUGGGCCUACUUACUUUGGCCGUGAGCACGCCAGUGUACUUUCAAGCCAUCUUAUGCAUUCCAGUUUACCUGGCUUGACUCGGUUAGAGCAGAUGUUUCUAGUGGCUCUAGCAGACACAGUGGCAACGACCAGCACAGAGCUUGGGGAAAGCAGAGAUAACUACACAGGGGGAGACAACCUUGAUGAAUGUGGUUUGAGAUACUUGUUGGCUAUGAGGUUACACACGUGUCUCUUAACAUCCCUUCCUCCAUUGUAUCGUCUUCAGCUGCUUCACCAAGGGUUAUCCACAUGUCAUUUUGCAUGGGCCUUUCACUCCGAGGCUGAGGAAGAAUUAUUAAACAUGAUCCCAGCAAUUCAGAGGGGUGAUCCACAGUGGUCUGAACUCAGAGCAAUGGGAAUUGGUUGGUGGGUGAGGAAUAUAAACACUCUCCGCAGAUGCAUAGAAAAGGUUGCUAAAGCGUCAUUUCAGAGAAACAAUGAUCCAUUAGAUGCUGCAGUUUUCUACCUAGCAAUGAAGAAGAAGGCUGUUCUCUGGGGUUUAUUCAGGUCACAGCAUGAUGAGAAAAUGACACAAUUCUUUAGCCAUAAUUUUAAGGAGGAUCGAUGGAGAAAAGCAGCCCUAAAAAAUGCCUUUUCUUUGCUUGGCAAGCAGCGUUUUGAGCAGUCUGCAGCUUUCUUUUUACUAGCUGGUUCACUAAAGGAUGCUAUUGAGGUCUGUCUGGAAAAAAUGGAAGACAUUCAGCUGGCUUUAAUUAUUGCUCGGUUGUAUGAGUCAGAAUUUGACACAUUUUCCACAUACGAGUCUCUCCUCAAUGAAAGAAUGCUGGGGUGUCAGAAAGAUGGCACAGGGUUCUGCUGUUCAAAGCUGCAUCCUGACCCUUUCCUUCGGAGUAUCUCUUACUGGAUAAUGAAAGACUACACUAAGGCACUGGAUACUUUAUUAGAGCAAACCCCAAAGGAAGAAGAUGAAAUUCCUAUUUUAGUGAAGUCAUGUAAUCCUGUGGUAUUUAGUUUUUACAACUAUCUUCGUACCCACCCUCUUCUAAUCCGCCAUCGUUUCACUACUCCAGAAGCUACUCUUGCUACUGUUGGCUAUAAAACAGACAAAAACUAUGUGGAUGAAAUAAAUCUUAUAGAAAGGAAAUUAUUUUUUACUACAGCAAAUGCUCACUUCAAAGUGGGAUGUCCAGUUCUUGCUUUAGAAGUUUUAUCUAAGAUUCCAAAGCUAAGUAAGUCAAUGGCUAAUAAUGAAGAUCUUCUAAGUGUUGGAUCUGUUGGGCCAGACAGUAUGUCAUUUAUAGGAAAAAGUCACUUGGAGGAAGGGAGUGAGUCAGGCUGGUUCACCCCAGCUGCAUCAUCUGCUAAACAGUCCAAUUUUGAAGAGUCUGCCAAUGAUUUUGACUGGGGCUCCCCACUUAUUAAAAUUGAAGAUGAGCCACUUCAGCUAGAAUGGGGUGAGGAUAAAGAGAGUGACAAAGAGGAUGAUGAGGGAUUGGUGUUAAAAAGCUUAAAUCUGGUUCAAAAAGAUCAAAGCCUAAAAGAUAUCAGUUCUGAAACACCAACCAUAGACAACUCUAUACCAAGCGAGAGUGAAGUCGAUGUCAUUGCAGAACAGCUUAAAUUUAGAGCUUGCUUAAAGAUUCUUAUGACAGAACUGAGGACGUUGGCUACAGGACAUGAAGUAGAUGGUGGAAAGCUGAGGUUCCAGUUGUAUAACUGGCUGGAAAAAGAGAUAGCUGCAAUGCACAAAAUAUUCAACCAUGAAACUGACAGCAAAGACUUUACAAUCGAAACUCCUCCGCCUAUGGAUAUGUUGGAUAGUCAGGAAUGUCCUGAUAAAUCAGAUAUAGGAUCCUAUGAACGACAUCAGAUUGAACGCCGUAGGUUACAAGCUAAGCGGGAGCACGCUGAAAAACGGAAAUGGUGGCUGCAAAAGAACCAGGCACUACUUCGAGUCUUCCUGAGCUACUGCAGUUUACAUGGUGCACAGGGUGGUGGCCUGGCCUCUGUAAGGAUGGAGCUGAAGUUCUUAUUACAAGAGUCUCAGCAGGAAACAACAGUAAAACAGCUUCAGUCUCCACUUCCUCUGCCUACAACACUUCCCUUACUGUCAGCAAGCAUUGCCGUGACAAAGACUGUGAUUGCCAACCCUGUGCUUUACCUUAAUAACCACAUUCAUGACAUCCUCUAUACAAUAAAUCAGAUGAAAAAUCCUCCAAUUCCGGAAAACCAAGAUCCAAAGGUAUACACGCUUCAUUUGUUGGCAGCUUCGCUUUCUGCAUCAAUUUACCAAGCACUUUGUGACAGUCACAGCUACAGCAGUCAGACAGAUGCAAAUCAGUUCACAGGAAUGGUUUACCAAGGCCUCCUCCUAAGUGACCGAAGGAGACUGCGGACAGAGAGUAUUGAAGAACAUGCUACCCCAAAUUCACCACCUGCCUCAUGGCCAGGUGUUAGUUCUCUAAUAAAUCUACUAAAUACAGCGCAAGAUGAGGACCAGCCUAAACUUAAUGUGUUGCUAUGUGAAGCUGUUGUAGCUGUCUACGUUAGCCUGCUGAUUCACGCCCUUGCUACUGACUCUAGCACUGAAAUGUUUCGUCUGGCUGCUCAUCCUCUGAACAAUCGGAUGUGGGCGGCGGUUUUUGGAGGUGGAGUAAAGCUUGUAGUGAAACCAAGAAAACCACCAGAGAGUAUUCCAGGUAGAACCAACAGCUUUGAUGGGCAAAAACCACAAUGUGCUCUGCCAUUGCCAAAUGAGGAGCAACCUGAAACAGAAAGUGCACUUUUUAACACUAAAAACUAUGCUUCUGUUAUUGAUAAAGGGUCCCAAGUGUGUGCAAUCCCUGCCCUGUCUGAAGAAAUAGACAAGCAUCGCCGUCGCUUCAAUAUGAGAAUGCUGGUGCCUGGAAGACCUGUGAAGGAUGUUGCUACUCCACCACCAGUCCCUGCUGAGAGACCCACCUACAAAGAGAAAUUUAUUCCUCCAGAACUAAGCAUGUGGGACUAUUUUGUGGCCAAACCCUUUCUUCCUCUAUCAGACAGUGGUGUAAUUUAUGACUCGGAUGAAAGUAUUCCAAGUGAAGAUGAUGAGGAUGAUGAUGAUGCAUUCCUUUCUGAUACACAAAUUCAAGAGCAUAUAAAUUCUAGCUCUUACAGCUGGACACUUAUCCGUUUGGCAAUGGUAAAACAUACAAUCCAUAAUCUUAAGAAUUUCUUCCCAAUCGCUGGACUAGAACUUACAGAUCUUCCUGUAACAUCUCCGCUUGGUAUUGGGGUAGUCAAAAACCUAGAAAACUGGGAACAAAUUCUCCAUGAAACAUUGGACCAGUUUGAAGGCCCACCACCAAAUUAUAUUAACACCAUUCCUAGUGAACUGACCGUAGGGACAGGGCCUGCAAUUCUACGUCACAAGGCAAUGCUGGAUCCUGAAAAUACACCAUUCAAAUCCAAAGAUUACGCUGCACUUCCUGUUAAACGUCUAUGGCACUACCUAGUCAAGCAAGAACUUCUCCAGGAAACAUUUAUUAGAUACAUCUUUACCAAGAAAAGGAAACAGAGUGAGUCUGUAGAAGACAGUGCAGCGCAUUUCAGAGUAGACGCCAUAGCAGAUCUUCAGAAAAACAAGGUUGAAGCUGAUCUUGGUUAUCCAGGGGGAAAAGCAAAAAUAAUUCACAAGGAGUCUGAUAUAAUAAUGGCUUUUUCAAUUAAUAAGGCUAACAACAAUGAAAUUGUGCUGGCUUCUACACAUGAUGUGCAAGAACUGGAUGUAUCAAGUCUUUUAGCUGCUCAACCCUAUAUAUGGAUUGGAGAGGAAUACGAUAAAGAAUCUAAAAGUUCUGAUGACCUCGAUUUCAAAGGGUCCACUACAGCCAUUCAUCAAUCGGGUGUGGCUCCCUUUCACCUUGCACAGAUGCAGUCCUCUUCAUCCAUGCCCUGGCUUGGAAGUGGGCAGACAAGCACUGGAGCUGGCAUUCUGAUAAAAAGGAAUCUAAACAAUGUUAAAAGAAUGGCAUCACACCCAGUCCACCAGUACUAUCUUACUGGUGCCCAAGACGGUAGUGUCCGCAUGUUUGAGUGGAGUCGACCCCAGCAGCUUAUUUGCUUCCGCCAAGCUGGAAAUGCUCGAGUUACAAGAUUGUACUUUAAUUCCCAAGGCAAUAAGUGUGGUGUUGCUGACGGAGAAGGAUUCUUGAGCAUUUGGCAAGUUAAUCAGACAGUUUCCAAUCCAAAACCAUACUUGAGUUGGCAGUGUCAUACUAAAACCACAAGUGACUUUGCAUUUAUUACCUCAUCAAGCUUGGUUGCUACAUCGGGACAAUCCAAUGAUAAUAGAAAUGUUUGUAUGUGGGACACAUUAAUAUCACCAAGUAACAGUCUUGUUCAUGCUUUCAACUGCCAUGAUAAUGGUGCCACCGUUCUUCAGUAUGCACCAAAACAGCAGCUCUUGAUCUCGGGGGGCAGGAAAGGAUACAUCUGUAUCUUUGACAUUAGACAAAGGCAACUUCUCCAUACCUUUCAGGCUCAUGACUCGGCAGUGAAAGCUCUUGCCCUGGAUACUUCUGAAGAAUGCUUUGUCACUGGCUCAGCCGAGGGAAAUAUGAAGGUAUGGAAGUUAACAGGCCAUGGUCUACUUCAUUCUUUUAAGAACGAGCAUGCAAAGCAGUCCAUAUUUCGAAAUAUUGGUGCAGGUGUGAUGCAGAUCGAAGUAGGAGAGAAAAAGCGAAUCUUCUCCUGUGGAGCAGAUGGCACUCUGAAGAUGAGGAUGUUGCCUACUGCCUUGAGGACCCAGUCUUGCAUUUUUGAUAUUCUCUAGACCCUUAAACUUUUAGGCCUGUCUCAACCUCCAGAUGUUCCACUGAUGCAAAACAUGUAGGAAGAUUUAGAAUCUGAGGUGUUAGAUGCUGCUUAAGGAGGAGAUAUACAAGGUUAUUCAUAUUAUAGCCUGGUUUUUUGCUGCUGAACAAAAUGGAUAUGCAUGUCUGCCAUAUAGAUCUGUAAAACUGAGUACUUGAAGGUUUUCCUGGUGAGCCUAGGGCACGUGUGCAAGUAUCACUGAACUUUUUAGCAUCAUUUACACUUCUCGUUGAGAUGCUAUCAUUUAAUUUUGAGAGAGAACACCAUAAAUUGCUGUAAUAUUUAUGGUUUGCAGAUAAGCUAUAUGAGGGAUGGACAAAGGACCAUAAAGGGAUGCAGUGAUCGUUAGAGUUUACAUGGUUUUAGUCAUAAAUGCCUGCAAGCAUAAAGCCACUCCACACCGCAGGAGACAUACUGGAGCCGAGUACACAUACACAACCAGUAGAUGGAACAAAGUCCACCAAAAAAGAAGUCAUUCACUUUGUCUAUUCGGUCACAGUUUUUAAAUUCUUUUCUUUUUUUAACUUUUUAAACUGUUUACACAUAUUCCAGAAAUUUGCUUCCAGACACUUGUACAUUUCAGAAAGCAUGUCUGUUUUCCUCAGAUUUCCAUUUAAAAUGAAGGUAAUGUAUGUGUUUACAGUCACUUUAAGAUACAACAACCAAGACAACUAGUAAUGACAUUUACCUAAAUUCAUUUGUAGCUGUCUAGGGCCGGAAGAUCUUUAUUGUCCCUGCUUGGGUAUCUUUUAUUAUUUUGUAUUGUUUUAUUUAUUUUUUGUUAUGAAACAAUGUAAUUUGCACAUAACUUAACUGCUGUAUUUACCAUGUAUGUUACUUUUAUCAUUACCACUUGUCUGUAUGAAAAAUUGGCUUUAAGUCAUUCUCAUUCAUGGAAACCUAUAUGUAGGUCGUAGUGAACGUGACCAUAGUUCUCUGCAUUCAUGCUUAGUCUUUAUUUUUUUACGCACAUAAAUGAUUCCACUCUGCUGGAUGCCCAUCUAUCUGACAGCCAGCAGGACCCAACAGGAUCUUGUGAGCGCUGCCCUGAUAGAUUUCACAGCACCACAUUUUAUAAUGAAUGUCAGGCUUCCUGUGGCCAGAUGAAUAGUGAAUAGUGGAAAGCGAUAGAAACUAAAUUAUUACACAGCAUAUGUAUAACUAUGCAGAGUUGAAUAUUGUUGGCUUGUAAAAUACUCAGCAGUGUUGUCUUAUUUUGAUGUACUUUCUCUGUUGUAAACACAUUGUUAAUAAGCUACCCAUGACUACUUACCUGUCACUCUCCAAGGUGUCCUAUUAUUUUAAUGCAGAGUUUUGUGUGUGUUGUACUGUAUAAUAUAAUUGCAUUUCAUGCACCUUUCUCUUAUAACUUUGCCUUCCUUGAAGAAAAUGUAAAGGUAUAAAAGUAUGUAUAGAAAGGAAAGUCAUUGUUAGAGUUUACCUUUGUAACUUAAAUAAACCCCUUUUAUUUCAUGGAAA